AUAGUAUCCUAAUAAAUGAUUUUAAUUUAAUAAUUUUUAUACUCAUUAGUAUAAUUAUGGAUCAAAACCGAUUUAUAUGGGAUGAAGUUUCUGAAGGUUUAAUAUUACCAAGAGUACAAAAAAUAGAUGAUGAACAAAUUAAAAGACGAACAAUACAAUUUGAAGUUAUAGAUCCAUCAGAAAUUUAUUGUCCCCAUAAUUAUUUAAUUUUAAAUUUUCAUGAAACGUUGAAUCCAAGUCAGAAAAUAAAAUUUAGAAAGUAUUAUUUACGAAAAGUAGCUCCUAAUGAACCAGACGUAAUCAUCUUACAAGAUAUAAAAGAUCUUGUUAUGUUUUUACUCAUUAGUCCUGUCAGCGUUAAAUUUAUAAAUUUCUUUCAUUUGCCUGUUGUUGAUAAUUUUUUAAGAGCACUUAUAAUAUAUUUUCAAUAUUAUAUAGAAAUAUGGGAAAAAUUAAUGGAAGAACGUGUAGCUACUCUAAAAAAGGCACCAAAUCCAUUAGCAGGUGGACAUAGAAUUAAAUAUGCUGAUGAAUUGCAUAUUUUACGAUGUAUGUUAAGUAAAGAAUAUGCAGAUUUAAUAGUAGGUUGCCAAGAUACAAUACACUAUCACCAUAUAAUAAGUGGAAAAAAAAGAUCAAGUAUGACUCAAUCACAAGGAGAAAAAGAUCUAAGAAUAUUUGAAGUGCUAAUUCAUAUAUCUCAUCGUGUUGUAUGGAUAGCUUUACAUCGUAAACAUUUUCACUUAAUUGAGUCAGAAUUACAUAGACUACUCAGAACUGAAGUCUACAACAAAAAAAGUGGUUAUACCAUUAAAGAUAUGUUAGAAAGUGAUAUUUUUGUACUACAUGGUCCACAGAUACAAUCUAAAAGAAAAUUGCUUAAAUAUUCACCUUUAAUAGAGGAAUUAAUUUAUUCAAAGUGUAAUUUCCAAGUUUUAUCAUUAGGAAUGAUAGAUGUUGAUACAUGUGAUCCACGAAUUGCUUACUUACACAAUGCAUUACUUAUUGAAGAAGAGAUGUUGCCUAAACUUGGAAUUAAAAUUGGCAUACUUGGACAAGAAAGAUCCAAUUAUGAUUUAAUGUUAAUGUUGCUUGAUUCAGAAAAUUCUAAUCAUGUUGAAAACACUAGUAAAACUGAAAAAAGUUAUGAUAAAAAGAACAAUAUAACUAAUAACCUGACACAAAACAAUCCGGACUGUAAUCAAAAUAUUAUGAGGAUGCCUUCUUUCGAACUUCAACCUGCAUUAACAGAAGUAUUUGAAGUAAAAAAAAAUGAUAAAUCGACUAGAAAAUAUUCUAAAUUUCGUGAAGAUGCUAGGAAAAAGUGGAUUAUUAGACAAAUAGAGAGUCAUAGUAAACAGUUGGAUACAUAUUCUAUUAUGACCAUUAUUUAAAAAUCAAGUCGAAUGAAAUCCAACUUAAAUGAUAUAGUAAAUAGAUACUUUAACAAAUAGGUAAACUUAUUUUCUGGUAUUACAAUAAAAAUGUAUUAUACAAUAGUAUAAUCCAAUUAUUUGUUAUUUUAGCUCUACUUGGUUAUCAACAUAAUAGUUGUAAUUAACUCAAAAUCUACAUUUCAUGGAAGAUUUAAAAUUCAUAAAAAUGUUUACAUAAGAACUAUUGUAACAAUCACAUUUUUAUCAAAAUCGAAUUGAAAAUAAUAUUA